AUGGAAACGACUCACGAGCCGGCUGACCCCGUUGCCAAGGGCGUAAUUCCAACGGCCAGCCAGUCCAUUCGUGACCUGUUCACCUGGAAGCAGCGCGUGGUCGUCACCAACCCAGAUGGCGAAUCAUCUUGCGAGUGGGCGAAGCCCAUCCCGCUCAAGAACCCCGUCAGCCUGAUGGCCCAGCUUUCCGCGAAGGACUGGAUAUUUUUUAUCGUUGGUUUCACAGCCUGGACUGCUGAUGCCUUCGACUUCCACGCCCUAUCUAUCCAGACUGUAAAGCUGGCCAAAUACUAUGAUGUCUCCAAGACUAGCAUCACCGAGGCUAUCACCCUCACUUUGCUGCUGCGUUCAAUCGGCGCGGCCAUGUUUGGGCUGGCUGGAGACAGAUGGGGAAGAAAAUGGCCCAUGGUAGUCAACAUGAUUGUCCUCGGGCUGUUACAGAUCGCUACCAUCUACUGCGCGACGUUUCAGCAGUUCCUUGCUGUUCGGUCUUUAUUCGGCCUGUUCAUGGGUGGCGUUUAUGGUAAUGCCAUAGCUAUGGCAUUGGAAAAUAGUCCCGUGGAUGCCAGGGGUCUCAUGUCUGGUAUUCUCCAACAAGGCUACUCCUUCGGUUAUGUCUGCGCGGCUUGCGCCAACCUCGGAGUGGGCGGCGGCGUUGAAACAUGGAAGACUGUCUUCUGGAUCGCCGCGGGGCUUUCCAUCGGAGUCGGCCUUGUCCGCAUGUGCUUUCCAGAAUCACAGCAGUUCAUCGAAGCCCGCAAGGCUGGCAAGACUGGUGGCCAUGCCACACACUUUUGGCAGGAGACCAAGAUUAUGCUGGCCCAGGAGUGGAAGAUGUGCAUAUACUGCAUUAUUCUUAUGACCUGGUUCAACUAUUACAGCCACACCUCUCAGGACAGCUACACUACCUUCAUGAUCACGGAGAAGGGCCUCGACAACUCUGGCGCCAGCCGAGCUUCCAUUCUGAUGAAGGCAGGUGCCUGCGUCGGCGGAACAAUCCUGGGUUAUGUGAGCCAGUGGUUCGGCCGUCGUCGCACAAUCGUCCUCGCAGCUAUUAUCUCUGCGGCUCUGAUCCCAGCCUGGAUCCUUCCCACCACCGAGCGCUCGCUGUCUGCCUCUGGCUUCUUUAUGCAGUUCUUCGUCCAGGGCGCGUGGGGUGUGAUCCCAAUCCACCUGAACGAGCUUUCGCCCCCAGCAUUCAGGAGCAGUUUCCCUGGUAUUACCUACCAGCUCGGAAACAUGAUCAGCAGCCCGUCGGCCCAGAUAGUGAAUGCGCUCGCUGAGAGCAACUUCAUCACUAACAAAGCUGGCAAGAGGGUCGAGGCUUACGGACCCGUGAUGGGUAUUGCGACGGCUAUCAUCGCCAUCGGAAUCGCAGUCACGACUGCGCUGGGACCGGAGAAGAGGGGACGCGAGUUCUCUGCGAAGCCAGCCGGCAUGAACAUGGAAACGGAAAGCAGCCUCAAGGCCAAGGACAUCGAGGCAGAGGCCGCGUCUAUCCAUGAGAACGAGAGGGUUGAUUCUGAGAAGAAGGAGACAAAUGUUUAA